AUUAUGGCAAGUUGCGUGUAAACUAACUGAUCAAUACUAUCCUAUCUUAAAAUUUUGGACUUUUUCUCUUAUUUAUAUAACUAUCCGUCAUCCAAAUGAUAUGAAGACUAUUUUAAGCAACAUUAAGUGUACCGAAAAAAGUAGUAUAUAUAAACUUUUGCACCCUUGGCUCCAAACUGGUCUUCUCACUAGUGCAGGCAUUAAAUGGCAAACACGACGAAAGAUACUAACACCUACAUUUCAUUUUAACAUAUUGAAACAGUUUGUUGACAUUUUGAUUGAAGAGAGCGAUUGUAUGAUUAAGACUUUGAAGGAUGUUAAAGGAACAGUUGUGAAGGAUUUAGUACCAUUUAUGAGCGAACAUACACUAAAUGCAAUAUGCGAAACUGCGAUGGGCAUCAAUCUAAGAGAUUCCAUUACAUCUCAACAAUAUCGAGAUGCAGUUGAUAAAAUUAUUAAAAUUGCCUGUUAUAGAUGUGUAAGAUUCUGGUUGCACAGCGAGUGGUUGUUUAAAUUGUUACCUAUAGGUAGAAUGCAGAAAAAAUAUUUAACUAUAGUGCAUAAUUUUACAGACAAAUCCAAAACCGGUUUUAAGGAAAGAACUCAUCACUUAUAA